AUGCCUCCCCGUGGUCAGAAGCGCUUGCAUGACGGACGGAGCAUCCUUCAUGUCGACCCUGCUAAUCUCAAGUCUGAGGAACUCGAAGUUCUUCACUCGCUUGAGACCAUCUGGGAUGAUCCAAAUGGUCUUGAGAAGCUACGCACUUUCAAGUGGAUGUUUGACUUGCUUCUGAGCGCCUGUAAAUCACCAGCAGCUGAUUUUACAGUUCCUGCCACAUUUUUUGAUAGUGUCAUUGCUGCGAAAGAAGCUGUAGGGGUUGAUUACCAUCAGCACGGCCCGCAGCAUGACUGGCAGCUCAGGGAAAGUUCAGAUCUUAGCGAUGGCAGAUUGUCGCAAUGGGCAGAUGAAUGUAUCACAGCUAUCACAACGUCUAAAUAUUAUGAACGGUCUGAGUCAGAGUCAAUUUGCCGAACUGUUAUUGAUGUGAUAUUUUGUGAUCGCCUCAAUUACCUCGACGACCACAACGCUGACAGGCAGUUAAACUGGUUCCCUGAAAUGUCUAUUUCAACACGAAGCAAUUUACUUGGAAAGACUAUUCAGGGCAAGGUUGAUUGGUGUCUUUCUCAUGGAAAUAACAAAACUGAAGUGGAUACUACGUUGGUUGUGCUUGAGGCCAAGAGAUUGGGCAGUGCACAGUCUGGCUUGCCACAACUUAUUAUUUAUCUUGCCGCAGUACAAGAUAGACGUAAGCAAACAGGAAAGCGAAAUUGCUCUACUUUCGGGAUUCUAUCCGACUCUUCAUUAUUCAUCUUUGCCCAUCUAGAUUCUCACCGCAAACUUUUCGUCUCAAGACCCCAUUCCUGGCACAGCGAGAAGGUCAAAAUUAUCCAAUGGAUUGACAGACUUCUUGCAGAUGCAAUCCACGCUUCUCCUCACACAACCCCUGUCAAAGGCGGAAAUACCAGUUUGAUGGCCUAUCGAAACUUUCUUGAUCAAGGAUAUCAUUUCGGACCACAAGAUGCCAGCGUUGAGAUUUUUGAAAAUCAAACGAUACGGCGUUACGCGAUAAACCGUGCCCUUGGAAGUGGAUAUUUAGUGGCACCAAUGGACGAUGCAAAACAUGAUAACGAGUUAGAAAACACCAACCACUCUGGCUGA